AUGGUCUCGAUAUUCUGCCCAUGGCGAAGGAAGCCGAAGAAAGUAUCGCCUCGUGGCAGUUCUAGCGAUCAGACUGAAUGUCCUCAGUCGCUACCGCCUGUCUUCGAGCCCAUAACAUACACGCCCCUUGAUUCAGCCUGCGAGGAGCAGCAGAUGUUAGAUGCUAUUUUCUCCUCUGCCAAUGCUCCUGCUCCCGACAAUGAAGCUCGAGGCGGUCCACCACCAGAAGCAAACUGUACUUUUGCCCGUGCUCAUUCGAAGAAUGGCAGAAGCCGACUCGGUUCCCUUGGUGGAAGAUUCCAUAGGCGGUUUUCACGGGAUGGUCGAUUACAGCCUCCAUGUCCAACUCUCGGAGAAAGAGCUUCUAUGUGUGAUAGUGGCCAUGCCAGUAUCGAGAACAAGCCCUUUUUUGAUGUCCUUGAUAGUGGGAAUACAAGUGAGAAUGCCUAUGACAGCGAUGCACAUAAGCUGCUCACCCCUCAAAUCACUGCACGGCUCAAAUCCAGUCCUGGGAACCGAACGAUACUGGAAAAUGUUUGCUCACCACCUGUUCGGGAUAUCCAAAGCCUGUCGAGGGAGAAAUUCUGUCUUGGUCUUGACGGUGCUCCUGCUAGCAACAGAGGGAGCCAGACGACUGAGACAGUCGAUUUACGGCAGGCAUAUCGUUCUGGUGAAGAUGGUGUCGAGCGCGAAUCCUCCGCUGAACGUUCGAAUUCAACAAGAAAAAGUACCUCCAUCUACCUUGUGAGCCCUGGCCCCGACUCGGGGCCUGUGACGCCUCUGAAGACCCACAUAACAAGGGCCUCUUGUUCGAUCGUAGAAGAUGAUUACAGGAAAACCCCAACGCUGACUCCUAGCGACCUUGGGGCUUCAGAUAACCCCGACAAGGAGAUUAGUCCCCUCUCUUUGGCGGACUCCCCCGAAAGCAUCCAGAUUUACACUGAAAGUCAAAAGGCAAGCACUUCACAAGGUGUUUCUCAAUCCAGCAGCCCCCAAGCAGAUGAUACACAGGUCAGAAUAAAUAUUGGAACCUCGGUGUACUCCAGUCAAGCCUCGGAAACUCCCCAACAUGAGCGAAAUCUUGAAUCGUUCUCUGUCAUUGAGACUCCAGUACACCAAGUGAAAAAGAGCUUGACUUCCAACAGAGUCUCACCAGAGAACAUACCGAAACAACGAGCUCCUGCUAAUACCCGUCGAGAGCCUUCAAUUGCUACUCAAAGGGACAGCUGUAGCAUUGCUAGGAGAAGCCGCUUUAUCGAGGACCUGGACGACGUGUUCACAUUGAAGUUUGAUGAAACUGAGCCUCCAAAGGAGGACUACCCGGAGGAGGAAAAUACAAACCGGCGAUUGAGUGAUGGCUGGUUGUCUGGUGGGAAGAGAUUAGGAUACGGCUACAAUUUUUCCUUGGGUGAACGGUACCCUCGUCUCUCCUGCUCUGAAGGCGCCGCGGACGAGAAAUAUAACUCAGCCAUUCGGCUUCAAUCUUAUAAGAAUUAUGAAAACGGGGCUCCUUCGGAAUACAGGCUGCCAAUUCAGGACUACAAACGUGCCUCACGUCAAUCUGAUAACCCAGAUCUGCAUCGACGCUCACGUACAGCUACUAGAGAGGGCAGUCAUACCAUCCGUCGAGUUUCUCCAUUCAAUCAGAGUGAUCUCGACCGCAGCGACCACUCAAGAAGGGUAACGAGCGCAAUUGCUUCCCUAGCAAGAAGGGUACGCAGGCACAGAAGAGACGCCAGUAGUUGCACCGCGUCAUCCAGCCGUUCCAACCAAUCUCAUGGUCUAGAGCCUUUUCCACCACUAGGACCCGAAAUUGACCUAGAGAUGCCCCUUGGUUUCGACCCAACCCGCCGUGAUAUAGGAAGUGGUGUAUAUAACCGCAACCCGGGUACUAUCAAGCUUGUCCAGGCGCUUCGAGGCCCCUCGCAUCCAGCCGAGGAGAACACUAAGAUUUAUCCAAUGGCAUAUGACGGCUUUUCGGACAGUGACGAUGAUGGUGAGGAUAUCCAGCCUGAGCCAAUAUCCGCUGAGGUCUGGUCCAGGCUAUACGAUGAUUGCCUCCAAAACAGCUGA